AUGGCGGGCAGUUCAGACCACCAGGAGCGGUUGCUUGCAACUUCGCGCCUCCUCGACGAAUUGGUCUACAAAAUUGCGCGUAUACCUCAUGACUUCUGUUCGGUAAUGACUCCAAUCCAGGCUUUUGGCGUAUUUCUCAAACAAUGUCGACGCGCCACCGACCUUCAGCUUGCGGUCUCGGCAAUCGAGAUCCUUGAUAGAAUGCACGAGUUUUGUGACGCACUUCGAGAUGAUAUCACGCAAUCCCGGGCUCCAGAUUGGGAGGCGUUCAAGAGUCAAGGUCGAGACAUUGACGAGAUCAGCUCCGCUUUGGAACCGCUGUCGACUGCUUUUUGCGCAGCCAUUGUUGAGGCCAAUCCUGGACGUUUUGCAUUCACUGAAGACGCGGCAGCACGGUUUCAAGCAUCAAUAGAAGAUGCUUUACAACAUGAGAAGCAGCGACAAAAAGAGCUUGAAGAUAAACUCAACAUCCCACUUCGGUACAAAUUCGUUCGGAUUCUAAUAGAGGCGGACAUUUUUAUGGCACGCCUUUUAGAUAUAGUUGUUAAGGACCAUCAACGGCGUAUAGACCUCCAGGCGGAUGCCGUGACAUUAAAUUUUUUAGCCGACAACAUCUCCUGGAUUACCGACGUCGAAAUCCUCAUUCCCAUUAUAGCUCGGUGGAGGGAUCUCAUCAACAACACCACGGCCGCCAUUAAAGCCCAAGAUGCUAAAACCACGGCAAUUCGAAAGCUUACGAAUUCCUCAAGGCUUCUUCGGGCAACGGUUGUUUCAUAUAUAUUGUCUAACCUCUAUCGCUCAGCUAGAGUCUCGACCAGCCGGUUAGUGCUGGAAAAUUGCAGAGAGAUGAUCUCGGAUCAACGCAUUGAGCUCAAGGAACAUCCGAUAACCGACUCGUCGCUGGAUAAGAAUCUUUUGGCGACCUGUUCCGCCAUUUGCCAGCGCGCAGAGAAUGAAUUACCUACACUGUCCCCGAAUGACAAAUUUCCCCCACCACAUUUUCUGCUCUCUACAUGGGACGAGUACUUUUCGCAGCAUGAAGCGGACGCAUUACGGCUUCUUAGUGACAAAAUGCCUUUCGAAGUGGAUAGGCUAGUAGCAUAUCGAAACCUAAGACAAUCUGAAAAUACGAAGGAGAAGCGAUUAUUCGACUUGGCACAACUGCUCGGAGAAGACGUCGAUGUGCAGCUUGACUUGGAAUCUGGGCCAGUGACGGUUUUGACAGAAGGCUCUCUUCAUAACUCCGAAGGAAUUCUGAACGAACUCAAGGAACGUGUUACGAAUCCACCUUCGGGCAGCCGCAUCCAGGACUAA